UUUUAGAUUUGUACUAUUCUUUUUUUUUUUUUUGAACAGUUACAAAAUUGAGUAAGAUUUUUUCUCUAAAAUUUAUCCCAAAGUUUUGGAAUAAAAUCAAUUAAGUUGAAUUUUGAAACCUAAUAAUUGCUUAGAGCUUAAGGAAAGUGGCGAGUUGUCGUGGACAUUGAAAUCUUGUCCGCGUCCCAUUCGGCUCUAUAUACAUUGCGGAGCAGACAGGUAUUGAAGAUCUGAAUCGAAGUGUAUAAUGGAUUCUUUCUUCGCCAAAGGUUUCAAAGCUGCCAAAUGCAAAACCCUAUUGAAAUUGACUAUUCCGCGAAUCAAGCUACUGAGGAAUCGUAGGGAGAUUCAACUGAAGCAGAUGAGAAGAGAAAUAGCUAAGCUACUAGAGACUGGCCAGGAAGCUACUGCUCGAAUUCGGGUAGAGCAUAUCAUAAGAGAAGAGAGAAUGAUGGCAGCACAGGAGAUAGUUGAGCUAUUCUGUGAGCUAAUAUCUGUUCGUCUUCCAAUUAUUGAAGCACAAAGGGAAUGCCCUCUAGAUCUGAAAGAAGCUAUUUCAAGUGUUUGUUUUGCUGCACCAAGAUGUGCAGAUCUUCCAGAAUUGCUACAGGUUCAGAUGAUGUUUGCUGGUAAAUAUGGGAAGGAAUUCAUUGCUGCUGCUACAGAGCUCCUGCCAGAAUGUGGUGUCAAUCGCCAGUUGAUAGAGUUGCUGUCUAUUCGAGCUCCUGCUCCUGAUGUGAAAUUGAAGCUGCUAAAGGAAAUUGCUGAGGAGCAUCAGCUAGAUUGGGAUCCAAAUGCUUCUGAAACCGAGCUUUUGAAGUUGCAUGAGGACUUACUGAAUGGGCCCACACAAUUUGUCAGUGGGGCUAAGGUGCCCCUUCCCAAAGAAAGGUUCGAUGAGGUGCAGCAAUCUGCAUCAGAUCAAGUCUAUGAUAAACAAUCGGAAUCUGAGGCUGAUUUGGACUCGUUAGAUUUUCCAGAAGUCCCUAAGCAGCCACUACGACCUAGCACCGGUGGAGUUUCAGCCCCUGAAAUGCUUCCUUUCCCAGCCUCUGCACUAUCUGACUUCGAUGAGGAUGUAGCUAAGCCUUCUGAAGACGGUGAGAUCAAAUAUCACCAACAAAAUGUGGAGCGAGAUGAAGUUUUGCAAGAGAAGGUAGUUUUAAAAGAUUUUGGAUCAGCUGAUACUUUAUCUGCACCGAAAGAGGAGAAACAGUAUUUGCCAUUCAUGGUUCCCCCGCCAAAAUCAUCUCCAUCCUCCUCAACAGAAAGUACCACGCCCCAAAGUACUCUACCUCCCUCUACUACAAAGACCAAAGUUGAGACUGACGUAGAUUUGCAAGAUGUAUUGGCUGCUGCCCAAGCAGCUGCUGAUUCGGCCGAACGUGCAGCUGCUGCUGCUCGCUCAGCAGCUAGCCUUGCUCAGGUUAGAAUCAGUGAGCUUACCAGAAAAAGAAGUGAAGAGCUACCUGUAAGCCCCAGUGAGAACCCCUUUUAUGCUGAGAAACAAGAAUCUCACAUCCUAGAAAAGCCUCCGUUGGACCUCCAACACCAACUAUCAAACUCUGAUGGUAUCCCCAGCCCAUUUCAUGGCAGCCCAUUGGAGCGUCAGGUGUCGAAUAUUCCUUCAUACGAUGAUUCAACAGUAGGUUGUGAGUCUCCUACUUCCCAUAUUCGUCAUCCUGGUCAGGGCAUGGGUCUUCACCAACCACAGAGAUUGCCUUCCAUGGACAAUGAAACAUAUUAUUCAUAUCCCAAUCUGUUUAAUACAACAAAUGGUUCUAAUCCCAAUUCUCGUUCACAGUCGUUCAAAGAUAAUAGCAGGUCCCAGCCAUGAUAAGUGAAGUGCAUUUCUCUACCCUUCUGCACUGGGCAGGCUUUGGUUCUGGUUCGUUUGCUGGUUGUGAGUUUGAGAUUCUCCUGUUUAUUCUAUACCUCUUUUAUCUGUAGUACAUUCAAAGGAACCUUGUAUGUUGAGUAUGCAGUUCAAGAAUUUGAAUGUAAGAAAUUUUCUGAUGGAAAUUUGAAUGUAAGAAAUUUCUUUGGAGUAAAAAAUAAUGAUGGAAAUGAUCAAAUGUUUCACUGAGCA